UCCGGACGUCCAAGCACGCCGCCGGGAUCCCCACCAAGUCUCCUGCAAAGGAGAAGGAACAAGCCCCAGCUGCCCAGGUCGUGGGAGCGCUUCCUCCUGCUGCAGGGGGAAGCAACAUGCCCCCACCCCCUCCGCAAGCUCCAUCCGCCGCCCGGGACGCAGGAACGGAGCUCGGGGCUUCGGCGAUUGUACCCUCCGAGGUACGCAUCCCAGUCAAUCCCCAGGACCUGGAGAAGAUCCUAGAGGCCUUUCGGGGAAUGGUGUAUGAGUCCGCGAACUACGCCGUCAACCACAUAUACAAGUUCAACGAGAAGGAGCUUCGAGCCAUCGAGACAAUGAGCCCGAUGGGCGUGCUGGAGUCUUCACUGGGCAUGACCCUAACGAGCGCCAUUGCCCUUCAUCAAAGCAUCGCUAGGACCAAAACUCAGCUCGAGGACAUGAGGAGAGAGCACCAGACUUCUCUGCAAGCGGCUAAGGAUGCCCUGGCGGCCUCGCAGGCCGAGUUGGAAAAAACUCGCCCAAAGGUUCAAGAGCUCGAGACCGCCCUUGCCACCGCGCGGACAGACCUAGAUGCAGCGAAGGCUAAGGCCAAGGCCGCCCUGGAGGCCGAGCGGACAGCUUCGGAGAAGGCCUUGGAAGACCUGUUCUACCAUUGCUGGGCCUACAAUCCGGACGCUGACUUCUCCUUCCUGUCAGCGAACCUCUGGGAGCGCUUGCUGGUGAAGUUCCAAGCUCGCCUUGAUAAAGAAGCACCCUCCGAGGCCGGGGAUGGCUCCGGCGCAGCCGAGCAGGGCGAGACAACGACCUCCAAGGGGCCACCUGGCGGAGCUUAGGGCCUUCCCCGCUCGUGCCCUUUCCUUCAAUAUUCUUAACUUAACAUUUUUUGUGUGUAACCUUUGCAUGAGGUGCUUCCAAAUCGAGACAAUUUAACUCAAUUUUAUUUUUAAUUGAUUCUCUUUCU